CAAAUACUAAUAAUUUUGCUUUUAACCCUCAAUUUAAGUGAAGUAAUGAAACCUGUAGAAUAUAAAACACACCUACAUGUCCUUAGCUGGUGACAGUAUUCCACGAACAAUGAAGUUAGUAACAUAUUCUGCUCUAACAAUAAGCUUAAAGCUUUUGCUACUCUUUCUAAACUUUGCAAGUUUACAAGCUGAAUUUUACUCAACAAAAGAAGUUUUACACUUAUUCAAUAAAGCUAAUAAGUUUGAAUUAAAUAUUUUUCUUAAAAUUAACUCCAGCGAUAAUGAAAUAGAACAUGAAGAAAUGCUACGAGCCAGUGAAACCCCAAAAAUGAUUAUUAACGAAAUGGAAACAAACAUCACAGCAAUACGUGAAAUUUCAAAUAAUCACUGUUUAACUGUUGCUUAUAUAAAUAACAAAAAUAUUAAGGAAAUGUUUAAGAAAAUGGAUAAAUUGUUAUGGAAGUUGCAUUUGUCUCAUAUCAUGAUAAUAUGGAAUUCAAAUAAAGAUGAAGACUUAAAAGGUCUAGAUACAAUUUUUCAAGAAUGUUGGCAGAAGGGUUUUAUCAAUGUAAUACUUUGGCAUCGAAGUGAGUUAUACACCUAUAACCCCUUCCCACAGAUUCGAGUUUAUAAAUUGCCAUAUUUCUCUUUAUAUGGUGAAAGAUCAUAUCUGAAAAAUUAUCAACAUUAUGGCUGGCUUAUGCCAUUCACCGAGUUUGCUCCACGUAUAUUUAGCUACACUGAUCGUUGGGGUAAUUUGGUGCGCAGUGGUAUUUUUUUUAAAAUCGUGGAACUUUUUCUACGGCAUCAUAAUGGUACUCUAAAUAUUUAUGAAGUUAAUAUGUGGUCUGAUAAUAUGACCCAAUCAAAUGCUUUGGAAAUUCUCAUGAGGAACGGUUUUAAUUUCGUAGGCACUUUCUUGCAUUCAGAUGAUUCCUAUGCAGCCAGUGAUUCAUUGUGGAUAUUCUAUCGUAACUUAAUAGUACCCACUGCCCAGGAGAUCGAUAAAAGUCUUUAUAUAACUAAAUCAUUCAGUAUGGGUGUAUGGUUGUUUAUAUGUUUAAUAGCUGUAUUAAUAUUCUGUUUAAUUUACUAUAACGAUAAGAGACAUAACAAGGAUUGGCAUCGUAGUUCUUUGCUGCAAACUCUGGCCAUUGUUAAUGGUAUUCCUUUUACUGUCAUUUACAGUGGCAAUAAAUUCUUUAAUUUUUUGCUAGUGUCGCUAUAUCUAUCAAAUACCUUGCUGUUGGUCAGUUUUUUCAAUUCAAAUCUAUCCAGUUUGUUAACAACCAAACAAUACGUUUCCGAGUUAACAGCUUUAGAAGAUAUUGGCAAAACUAAUUUAAGGAUUUAUGAAUAUUCUGUGGAUGCUCAAUUUUACAAAUUUUUGGAUUUACCACAAAUCAUAUAUCGACGUUUGGAUUGGGGUAAUAAUACCUAUUUUUCGAAAAAUCGCAAGAAAUUGAAUGUACAAUCGAAUAUAUUUUGUGCCUUCGAUGAUGUAACUCAUUAUUAUUUACUUCAGCAGACUUUUCUAAAGAAACCAAUAGCCAAAAAAUUAGAUGAAGCUUUAUUUGGUCAUAUAUUUCAUAUACCCGUAUCACACCGCUUACCUAUACUGGGUCAUUUCAAUCAAUAUCUGCUCUACAUCAAGGAGAGUGGUAUUGUCAAUAAAAUUAUAUGGGAUAGUUAUUGGGACGGCAUUAUAGCUGGUGAUAUACAGUAUUUCAGAGAUGAGGAAGAAAGCCAUUCAAUCACUUUGGAACAUUUUCAAUAUGCUUUUGUUAUUUUGUUUAUUGGUUUGUCUUUGGCCUUAGUGUGUUUUGUGGCGGAAAUAUUAAGAAAAUAA